GUCUGCCCAACAACGUGCUGUCGCCUCCCCAGCAGCGUGCUAUCGCCUCCCCAGCCCUGCACUGAUUCCCAGUGGCUCAGAUCCAGUUGUUCUUGUCUAGCCAGUCGCGGCUGUAAGGAGGGUGCAGGUGAAAGGACCGAGGAGGGAGAGGGAGGCACCCACACAGAAAAGCAGAGGAGGAGACAGCUAUCAGAAACAAAAGAUGACUGCGCAAAACAAAAUGGAUACGGCAAAACAAAGUCUGUCCUCCAAAGCAUCCCAUGUAAACAAUGGCGAAGGUAGCGGCCAAGCCCAGGACGAAGCGGCAGCCCAGUGGGCAGACCGGGGAGGAGGGCUGGAGUGGCAAAAAGAUCAGGACCCUGCCGAGAUGGACUCCGUCGAUGGGAUCCUCACUGCCGAUCCCCUCCUUGUCCACAGGGGGUCAGAAAACGUCAAGCAUAAGUUCCACUCCAUGGCCUAUAGACGGACCAAGCAGAAGGUUGUGACCAACUUUGCGACGGUUAAGGGGAUAUCUCCGGCCAGUAAACCGCGAGCCGCCCUGAAACAGGUCCUCUUCAGCCAGGGUGUGUCUGACAAGAACAACGUUCCUGAGGACAGGGUGCAGGUGGAGGCCUUGAAGCAGGCUCUGCAGGCCUACCGUGUGCCUGCGGACCUGAGGUGGGUCUGGGAGGGGCCCGGCCAGGGUACCACGCUGGAGAACAGCUGGACGGACAUUGUGAAGUCCCACUCGUCCAUGUCAAAGAUCCAGAGACACCAGCAGGAGGCGCUGUGGGAGUUUGUUCAUACCGAGCUCACUUACAUUAACAAGCUGACAGUCAUCAAGGAUCUGGUUAUUGCUGCCCUGGUCAACCUGCAACAGCAUGGUUUCCUACUGGAGAUCACCCCCAGGUCGCUCUUCUCCAACCUCUCUUUAAUCCUCAAUGCUCACCGCCAGUUCUGGCAGGAAGUGAUCUAUCCCAUGUUACAAGAAGUGCGAUGGACAGGGAUGCCCUUUGACCCCAGGAGUUUAGAGGCGGGCUGCCUGCAGUUCAGUGAGCGUUUCUCCAGCUACAUACCGUACUGCUGGGAGCAGGAGAACACGUUGGAAUUUGCAAAGCGGCAAAUCGACACAAACCCUCAUUUUGUUGUUUACCUGAAGUGGGUGGAGACCCAUCCUCAGUGCAACCGCAUGCGUCUGGGGGACAUGCAGGCCAAGCCCCACCAGAGGAUCACCAAGUACCCCCUGCUGCUCAAGGCCGUGCUGAAGAACACCCCUGACCCUGACCUACAGCAGACCAUCAGGGACAUGUUGUCUAGUGUAAACGGUUUUCUGGAGACCAUCAAUGACUACCUGAGGUGUAUGGAUGAAGAGCAUGCCCUUUCCAUCUCUGCCCAGAGACUAGAGGGAUAUGAAGUACCGGGAAUAAAUGAGGAAAUUGACAAGCAUAUACGAGAGUUCUGCCACUUUGACCUGACACUCCCCAUGGUGGGAGUCGGUCCCACGUUUGUUCGGAAGCUUCUGCUGGAGGAGAACCUGAAGAUGCGUGGUGGGAAAGACAGCAAGGAAGAGGUGGUGGCCCUGCUGUUCUCAGAUGUGCUGCUCAUUUCAAAAGUGCAGAAGAAGGUGGAGAGGCUGAAGGUGGCACGCCCUCCUCUGGCUUUGGACAGGACCUGCUGUGUGCCGCUGAAAGACGGCUUUUCAUUUCUUCUCGUGGAGGUCAGUGAGCUUGGCUGUGCUAUGAACGUCUACAUAUUUGUGACGGCCACUGCAGUGAGCUGCUCCAAGUGGGUCUCCACCAUUCAUCAGGCAAAGGCCGCGCUGAAGACCCUGAAAGAGGUUGAAACCAGCAGACAGUUGGACAGCCAGAGAAUCCAACCCUCUGACACCAAGCCCAUCGAGAAACCUUUGGACAACAAGACUCCUGAGUGGAUUGAAAAGCAGGUGAAGCAAAGGGCAGAUGAAGAAGUGGAGGUAGUGUUUCUAGGGUCAGAAGAGCGAAGGGUCACAUGGAAUCACAACAAGACCUCUGCAGCAGAUAAUUUAAGAAGCAAACCCAAAGAUGGAAAAAAUCUCUUCAUCGGUAAAUACCCAGAGGUAGACUAUCCGACCGUUGAACCGGUCGCCCCUCAAAAAGACCAUCUACUGAGCAACUCCCCCAACUCAAUCGAAGAGGUUCCAUCAUCAACCGUUGGCGGGACAACAAGGCCAAUGAAGACGGGGUACAAUAUCCAGCUGGAGGACCAUAAUGUAUGGACGGACCCCGGCAAAAGCCUUUCAACGGAUGUGGCUUUUCUAGAAGUGGGGAGGUUCUCCAGAAAAUUAAAGUCCCCCAAGUUACGCAGAAGAAGGCCCUAUAGUAGCCAACACGUCGAUGCAUACCAGACCCACGGGACGGUUUUUGGAGAAUCAGAGAUGGUGUGGACAACUCCACCCACCAACUCUUCAUCCAACUCGGACUCGGACUCCAGUCAGAAACUCCAAGGACACUUUGACCAGAGACACACAAACAACGACACCAGCCACAGAGUGCUCAAGCUUGGCUUUCUGAAGACGCACCCGGCGCUGUUCUUGAACAUGUACGAAAACCGCGUCUCUCCAGAGCCUGAGACUUUCUCUGAGCCGGAACUUCCCCAGGAGCUCCCAGAGAAGAGGAAAUCUGUCAAAGCACAGAGGAGUGCCUCCAUACCGGACAUUCACGAGCUUCACGCCAUCUCCACCAGCCCAGUGCUGAGAACAUAUAUGGGGGAGCAAUCUCCUCGCUUCAACCACCAUCCACACGCACACGUGUCCCCCGUGGAGGGGCUCUUGGAACGUGCCAAAGUGAGGGUCCGGAGAGAAGGAGGGCAAACUGGAAGGAAUGAGAACGUGCAGGACACAAGGACAUGGAUCCCGCCACCUUCUCCUCCAUUGUUCUCCGAGUCGCUGUGUCCAUCGCCCAGCGAUGGGGACCGGGAGGUGGAGCUGAUGAGACACAGAGUGCCCACAGUCAGUCAGGGAUGGAGGGAACAACUUGUCGAUGGAGAUGCAGAAGACAAGAAGUACAGCCAUAUCUUCGUGAAUGAGCUGAGUGUGGAUUGGCCAGCCUUGUGCUUCGACGAUGAUCAGGAUAUCGAUCAUCUCGAGCCGAUUGACGUCAGCAACGAAGGCACAGGGAUUCUGGAGGACAUUCAAAGGACACUUACCACAGGAGUCCAAGAAUCAAAGAUCAGCCAGGUGUAAUUCAGGCUGGAUCAGGUCUCAAGACUGGAUGGACCUCAGAUACCAAUUUAAAUGUGUGUGUGUGUGUGUGUGUGUGUGUGUGUGUGUGUGUGUGUGUGUGUGUGUGUGUGUGUGUGUGUGUGUGUGUGUGUGUGUGUGUGUGUGUUUGUGUCGCACACAUGAUUUGUUUGAAUUAUCAUGAUACAUCUUAGCACUUUUCAACCAAAUAGUGAGGAAAAAUGUGAGUAACGAAUGUACCAUUUUAAUUAACAGCAAAUUUAACUAAUGUGAUGAGUCAAUACUUAAUUUGCACCACAUCUGAUGUUAUUGCUUUACAUAAAUGAUGGCUAAUGUGACAAUACUCUAAUUCAGCAACACAAAAAAUGAUAUAUUAUUUGUACCUAACAGAUGUAUAACUAUAAUUAAGUCAGUGUUUUUUAUAAAUGGAUAAACAUAGAAAAUAUUUUUUUUGUUUCAAAUGAUCGAUUAGUUUACAUUUUGAUCUGUAAUUUAUUAAUGUUUACAAUUUUAAUUUUAACAUUUCCACAUUAAAAUAUCUACAAUGA